AUGCUGACUUUAGCUUUAUUUUGUAUAACAUUCGCGCUGUAUUGGACAUGGUGGCAUCGAAACAAAAAGUCUAAACUGGAACCGCCCGCUUAUCCAGGAGCAUUGCCGCUAAUCGGGCAUGCACAUCUUCUGAUGGGAGGUAGUAUUUCUCUUUGGAAUACUAUAAAAAAAAUGUCACAUAAUAGCAUAAAAAUGGGUGGUGUAAUAACAGUGUCAGUUGGACCUCGGAUCGUAUAUAUCGUAACAGAUCCCGAAGACAGCUUGACUGUCGCUAACGCUUGUUUAGAAAAGGACAUUAUAUAUAAAUUUGGUAAACCAUGGCUAGGUGAGGGUCUAUUAACCGGUAAAGUAUCAAUAUGGAAGCGCCAUCGAAAACUGAUAAACCCAGCUUUUAGUCAGCUGGUGUUGGAUGGAUUUCAGGGGGUUUUUAACAGCCAGUCCAGACGUCUUGUUAAAGAUUUAGAAGUGGAGGUAGGAAAGGGCCCCUUCGACCAUUUAGUUUACACGCGACGUAACGCUCUGGAAACUGUUUGUUUAACUACCAUGGGAGUUGAUUUCUGCGAAAACAGCGUUCUUAAUAGCCAAUAUGAGCAAGCGAUAGAGCAUAUUUUAAGCAUUAUGAUAGAAAGAGUUCAAAAGCCUUGGCUGCACAUGGACUUCAUCUAUAGCUGGUCUUCUUUAAAGAAGAAGGAAAAUCAGUGUUUAAGAAUAUUGCACAAUAUGUCAAAUACGGUAUUGCAAGCACGUAAGGCUGCGUACUUAAAUAAUAAGAAGAACAGAUUAGAAGCUUCAAGUGGAACAAAAUUUAAGGCAUUCUUAGAUCUUCUUUUGGAAUUAUCGAUCGAAACGGGAGCUAUUAAUGACUUGGAAAUAAGAGAGGAAGUAGAUACAAUGAUUGUCGCCGCACAUGAUACCACAGCGAACGUACUUAUGUAUACAUUAGUGUUAAUAGGAUCCUAUCCAAAAGUACAAGAGCGAAUAUUUGAAGAGUUACAAUAUGUUUUCGGAGACGACGAUAGGGACGUUACUAAACAAGAUUUGUCUCGAUUAGUGUAUUUAGAAGCAGUUUUGAAGGAAUCCUUGCGCAUAUUUCCAAUCGUUCCAGUGACAGCUAGAAUACUUGAUAAAGAUGUAAAGCUAAAAAAUUAUACACUAACAGCUGGGCGAACAUGUUUUUUGUUUAUUUAUGGUAUCCACCGUCAUCCAAUUUGGGGAGAUGACUGUGAAGAGUUCAAACCAGAACGAUGGCUAGAUACAGCGACUUUACCUUCGUGUGCUACUGCUUUUGCUGCUUUUCACAUGGGAAAGAGGGUUUGUAUUGGAAAACCAUUUGCUUUUAUGUCGAUGAAGACUACACUAGCUCACCUACUACGGCAUUAUCGCGUGAAAGGAGAUCAUUCCAAGAUAAAAGCAAAGAUUGAUAUGGUGUUGAAAUCAGUAUAUGGGCACCAUAUUUCUAUAGAGAGGAGAACGCGAUGA